ACGUAUGCCGUAUACUGCACGUUUAUAAUCUGGCAUGAUUCUACUUUCGUUUAUGCUAUGCUAAAAUGGUCGAUUCAUGUUUAAUAUUGAACUUUACUAUAAUGUAAAUAAGGGCGUAGCUUUGUUUUUAUAGUUGCAUGUCCAGUAUGCGUUUUCUUAAGGUCACAAAAUAAAUAUUUAAGCAUAACGUUUAAAAAUAAAUUAAAAACUAACCAAAAACCACGCCUUUAAGAGAUUUUUUUUUGGUACAGCUGUACCACGUGACCCAGCUGUCAAAUAUGGCCCCUUCCUACUGGGUGUGAGGAACGGGACAGCUGACAAAGGAAAGGAAUCUGUCAAAAAAAAAAAAAAAAAAAGGACGGCACCGGUUCAUAUCACAGCACACCUUCGUCCAGAGAACACUGCACUAAUGUGAUAUCCUUAGCAAGAGAAAAAAUGCCUGCCAAAUGAUGAAGUGUGCCAGAGAGAGGAACUGACAGAAGAAGGCCUUCUUUGUUGCAGACCAUCUGUUCAGAUCAAACCCUUCCUCCCUCCCUGUGAGCCUCCACCCUGCAGUCAUGCAGAUCAAUCCAGUGUACGUGGAGUCCUCUGUAGUUUUGGCUGUGGUGCUGUGUGUCCACAUGGCGCUGUGGAACCAGCACUCCUGGUGCAGCAUAGCCCUCUUCAUCCAGGCUUUCUACGUACAGCACAAAUGGGACCGCCUGCUCCGGUCGGGGGGCGCCGUGUUCCAGUUCCGUCCCUCGGCAAACAGCGGCAUCGUCCCGGCCUCCAUGGUGAUGCCUUUGCUGGGCCUGGCGCUGAGAGAAAAGUGCUCGGCCUCAGGGAAUGUCUACUUUGAGCGCUUCUCCAUGGUGGUCACCAUCACAGGAAUGAUGCUGGCUCUUUUUCUCUCCCUGAUUGCGCUGGGCAUCACGAGGCCCGUACCCACCAACACUUGCGUGAUCGCGGGCAUGGCUGGCAGCGCCAUUCUCUACACGACCAAACAGACGCUGACGGUGUCUGAGGUCAUAGAGGUCUUAGAGGUGCUGUUGAUCUUCGUUUAUCUCAGCCUGAUUGUGCUUUACCUGCUGCCCCGUUGCUUCACACCUGGAGAGGCACUCCUCAUUGUCGGUGGAAUCAGUUUCAUCGUCAACCAGCUCAUCAAGCGCUCCCUGAACCUGGCAGAGGUCAAGGGUGAUCCAGUGAACUAUUUCCUGCCGGUCGUAGUGGUGGGGUCGCUGCUGCUGGGUGUUUUCUUCGCCCUGCUCUUCUGCUUCAUGGAGUCGGAGACCUGGGUGUCAUCGCUCUUCUUUCACAUGAUGACAGCCGUUCUGGGCCUGGGAAUCCUGAUGCCGUGGCUCUCGUUGUUCAUCGGCCGGCACCCCAUCAUGUGGCUGCUGGACUUUGUGACGUUAAAUGACAGGAGACUCGGUUUGCUGGGGUACUGGGUGUUCCUGGCUGUAGUGGCCACUUGCGUUGUGUUACACCAGAACUACCAGCGUCAGUCAGGGUCCAAGAAGCACCAGGCCUCCACUGUUGUCAGGAAGUACUUCCAUCUGAUUGUAGUGGCCACAUACGUUCCGGGGCUGAUAUAUGACCGGCAGCUGCUUCACGUUGCAUCCGUGGGUUGCUUGGCGGUUUUCUUGUUCCUGGAGUACUCGCGUUACUUCCGGAUCAAGCCGCUGGGUCAGCUGCUCAGGCAGGUGCUCACCUUGUUCCUGGAUGAGCGGGACUCUGGGCCUCUCAUCCUCACCCACGUCUACCUGCUGCUGGGCAUGUCUCUGCCCAUAUGGCUGUUCCCCAGCCCCUGUGCCCCCAAGGGGAUACUUCCCGGUGCGGGCGGCCUGGUGCCAUACGCAGGUGUGCUGGCCGUUGGGGUUGGAGACACCGUGGCCUCUGUGUUCGGCAGCACCAUGGGGGAAAUCCGCUGGCCCGGCACAAAGAAAACCAUGGAGGGGACAGCAACAUCUGUGUUCGCACAGAUCAUCGCUGUCGCCAUGUUUCUCAUCUUUGAUGGGAGCAUCAACCUGAACUCAACCUACUCAUGGAUUGUUGGCUCCAUCACUCUGGUGGCCAUGCUGGAAGCCUACACCUCCCAAAUAGACAACCUCCUCCUCCCACUCUACCUCUUCAUCCUGCUGUUGCUUUGACUGGACAGAUGGAACAAACAAAAACAAAUCCCUUUUAAUGGACUAAGCUCUUUCUGAGGGGAGAGGUCAAAUUUGGCAAAAAUAAAUGUAACAAAAAUAUAGUAGACGUUCUAGAAGUCCCUUUUAGGAAUCAGUGGAUUUCAAGUAAACAGGGAGUCAUAAUACUAGCACAAGAAAGAAAUAGAUAAUCGACUAUUUAAUUGGCGUUAAUGUCGUCAAACCAAUGUGGCAGCAGACGUGAUGUUAGCAUGACAUUAGAAUCCGUCGCCCUCAGAUCACAAGUCAUUUCUGUAUCAGUUGCUUCGAGGAAUGAGACGACGACCAGUUGCGAAAUAUUCUUUGAGUCGCGUCUGCGGUGGCGGCAGCGGUGUAUGGUUUCUUUUUGCGUCACUGUCCUGACGGCGAGGUACUCGACCACUGACACCAACCACUCCUGCAUUAUGCAACAGGAGACAGGAUCAGCAAAGCGGACAAAUGUCCUUUAAACACUAAGAGACGUGUUGACGCUGCUACACAGCAAAUCAAUGAGAGGGUUUUCCCUCUCUUUUCCCAAAUUGAUACAUGCCUUUGUAUUGCCUUUGAAGAACAUUAUUUAAAGUUAGCUUAUUGAUAUGUCUUUUUCUUAAUCGACGUUUUUGUUAUUAGAUUAUUUUGCCUCCCCGAUGGCAAUAUGAAGUACUUACUGCUGAAGAUAUUUGCCUUAAGAAGUAUAUUUUCUAUCACACAUAACCUACUGUUGUAGAUGCUGUAGAUGAAAGCAUGAGCAGCCCCUCUCGACUCUUCUUUAUAAGGGCUGAUUUUUACUUCAAUAUGGCAAAAACUCACUAUGCUCCUGCAUGACAAUAAUGUGAAACUCAGUACUGUAACAUGUACACAGGUAUACUACAGUAUAUUUUUGUGUGGUAAACUGAUUUUGCGUAAUAUUUCUGAGGUUCGAUGGGACCCGUUCAAAGUAGACUUAAUAUGUACAUUUCCUUGUGACACUGAGCCUACAACCUGCAAAGUUUUGGAGUCUGUAGAUACGCUUUGGGCCAAAACGACGAUUGACAUGUGGCCCCUUUUCUUUGGAGCAUUUUGUGCCACAAUUUAUUGAAUAUUUGCUUUAUAGAAUUAUCCUCAAAUGUCACCAGGUUUCAUCUCAUCGUUCUUAGAUGAGGACGCUACAGUUUAUUAACCUGAUACUUGUUUUUUGGCAUGAAUUAAUUAACCUUUUCUGUUCGAUUCAUCUGUAAAAGCUCUUUGGUGUUUUUAUGUUGUAAAAAUUUAUUAGCAUGCUCCUAAUGGUAUGUUGUUUUUGCCAUCAUCUUUCCAUUUAUAAGAAGAAAAAAAAAAUGUAAUAUUGCAUGUUGAGUGCAUCAGAGAAGAAAGAUGACGUUGAUACGCCUCCUGUUUUUGUCCCAUUCGUUCGAUUCCCACUUGACGUGUGAGAAGUGCGGCUGACUGACGACAUUAACAUUAUUAACCCCUUGAUCAGUUUGAGUUAAAGUUAACAUGAGAGGUUUGAAAGUUGUGAUCAAUAAUCAUUCGUUCCUCAGUUUUGUUGUUUUUCUUUCAAAUCACGUCUUACAAUGAAAGUACUUGAAAAACAGAAAUGCUCACUGUUGUCUGUAAAGAAAAAAGAAAAUAAAAAAAGAAAUAGGAAUCUGCCAUCUCAUGUUGACACAGAGUCAUAAAAAUGAUCUUGAACAAUAAUAAUGCUGGUUGGUGACGAUGUUGAGGAGGAGUUGCUGAAUAAAAAGUACAUCUAAAGAUCAA